CGCUGAACUACGCAGAAGCAAGCAAGAGUGAACCUACAGCUUUUGGACCAUUUGUAGAUUAAAAAUGCGGUUUUCAGAUAGUGCACCCAAUGAGCAGUCCACAAAUAAAGCAGUUGCGAUGGAGUUCAAUGAAGUUCGUAAUGAAGUGGAAUAUGAGGAAAUUUUGGAGAAAAUUGGUUUUGGCAAGACACAGUGGCUUCUAUUGUUUAUCAGUGGCUUGAUGAUCUUAAAUUCAAUCUCGGCUCAACAGAGUGUUGGCAUCAUUGUCAUAGCUUCGCAAUGUGAAUUCAAUACGAAUCAAUCGGAGAAGGGAAUCAUGUUGGCAGCGUGUGUUGCAGGUAUAUUUGUAUCCACAUAUUUAUGGGGUUACGUAUGCGAUGCUUUCGGUAGACGUAGAGUAUUGCUCUAUGCCUUAUUUCUGACAAACUUUCUGGAGAUCUUAACAAUGUUUAUUACCAAUGUUUGGGCAUUUAAUGUGGUGAACUUCUUCAUUGGAAUAAAUAUUGGUGGCGUUUCUGCCUCUAUGUAUGCCUACCUUAGCGAGUUUAAUGUGAAUAAAUAUCGCGCAAUUGUAAUUAAUUAUUCAAACAUGUUUGUCAGCAUUGCUGGUAUUUAUGUGCCUGCUGUCUCGUGGUUGGUGCUUCAUCAUAAUUGGUCAUUAGCCAUAUUCGAUGGCUUUGUUUUUCGUCCUUGGCGCUUAAUAAUGCUUUUUAGUGCUUUACCUGGUUUUAUAGCAGCACUUUUGCUGCUCAUAUAUCCGGAAAGCCCUAAACUGUUAUUGGCACAACAGAAAGAGAAGGAAGCUGAAGAAGCUAUAAAUUGGAUUUGCAAAUUUAACAAACAUUGCACAGUUACAAGCUUAUUAGAAAAUCGCGAUUACAAAUUAAAGCCUGAACUUUCCGCUGCAGAGGAUGUGCUCAGUACAAGAAAUGGUUGCGGUAUAUUUGUUUCUAUAUGGAAGGCAACAUUACCUUUAGGACAUAAACCACAUAGAAAGAAUUUUCUUAUAAGUAUCGUAGUUGUGCUCGGUUUAUUUUUUUGUUCUUCUGGUAUGCAAAUGUGGUUUCCAGAAAUUGCAAAUCGUACCUCUAUGCAAACUGAAGGCAAUGUAUCGACUGUAUGCGAAGUUCUCGAUGCAUCUUUUAAACAGCAGUCGCUUGCUGCAAAUCUGAGCAGUAAUGAUGUGGCUUGUGAUGAUACCAUAGCAGUGAAAACCUAUGUCGAUAAUAUAAUCGUAGGUUGCGUUUUUUUAAUUGGUUUUAUACUUCAAGGACCACUAUUAAAAGUUUUUGGUAACAAAAUUGUUAUUUAUACUACACUCAUUAUUGGCUUUAUCAGUGGAGUUCUACUGCAUUUUGUCUCGAACAAAAUUUUGCUGCUGGUAGUGUUUUGUUUUUAUAUAAUUCUUCCCGGCUUGUCAAUAUCUGUGAUGCUGGCAACUGUUGUGGAGCUAGUACCCACACAUUUAAGGGCUAAAGCGGUUGCUAUUUGCUUAACAUUUGGCCGACUUGGCAUAAUGAUUGCUACAAAUCUGAUAGGUGCAAUGUUGGAACCACUCUGUAAUACCACUUUCGCUAUAUUUACUUGUGUUAUGUUAGCCUGCGGUGUGCUACUGCGCUUCCUGCCAAUUAAAUAGAUGCUAUUUAUCUAUUAUGUGAAAGUUAUUUAAAGGUUGGAAAUGAGAGAUAAAUAUGAGUAUAUAUACUUAUUUGUAAGUGAAUUAUUAAUAAAAUAUAAUAAGAUUAUGUUAAUAAAAAACUAUUUCAUGUGUUUAUGUU